UACAUUCUUUUGUACAGUAAUCUUAGGAACAAGCGUAAAAUAUUUUCAUAUCUCAGCCAAAAAAAGAAAAACUAUUCCUGUAAAUGGUAUUCAUUUGCAACUGUCGUUUAAAAUCUUCAGCGCCGUUCCUUCAUUUUUUACACUGAAUAUUGGCUUUAUUCAUACAAAGUUGAUUUGAAAAGUCUAAGUGCUUGAACACGUGGCGCAAACGGAAAAAAUAGAACAAUAACGCACCGUUUUUGCUUUGAUUCGCUGAAAUUUACAAAUUCUGAAUCGUUUCCCCCGGAACGGGUGAAUCUGUGACGCGCGAGUAUAAACGCUCCACUCCGCUUCGAAACGUCAAACCGUUCCGACAGCUCGAAAGAUAGGUAGCCGAAAAAAUAAACAACAAAAUCAGAAAAGAAUUAGCAGCAAAGCGGCAUAAUCGAGAGCCAAAUCACGGGGCAUGUAGGCCUGCGGAACCGUUCGCCUGGUGCAGAACGACUACCAAUCAACCCACAAGCAGCUAGCUGGGACUACAAUCAAACGCUCGCCAAACACAAACGCCAUCAGUACGUAAUUCCAAACCUUGGGGGAAAAAAACUUACCAAAAAUUGCGAAAUUCGUUAUCCCCAAUCGCCCUGGGUGGAUCUAGCGCAUAAAGACAGCCCGUGCCAAAUCCGGCAAUUAAUCCGGCGCCCCAGUCAUCCGGACAGUAACACUUAAAGAUGCAAAAGCUAAAGAUGUUCGUGCAGCGAAACCUGGUGACGAUCGUGAUGAUUCCAUCGCUGAUCGGUCUGCACUGGGCGUGGGACUCGCUGCAGCACAACCGAGCCCUCGUGUCCGACUACGAGCGCAAGGAUCUGCCGGUCGUAAUCGCGGCAAAAGCGCUAUGGGAGCGGGUCACCAACAAAGCAGAGUCCAGCGAACAGCAGCAGGACAAAUCGCAGUAACGUGCAUGGAAUUCUGCUCCUUCCAACACCAAGGAGCGCACCGACAUGAAUCGUUUUUGUAUAUGAAUCGUUGUUGUUUUGCAUCUCGCGCCCGGCAGCACUAUCCCGGAAUCGGGGAUUCGUUUGGCGGAGGCGAGGGCGGUCUUGUAUGCGAAAUAAAUUAAAGCAUGAGUAGCGUUUAAAGCUGGA